AUGAAAAUCGCAGUCGCCACCGCAGCGGGUGUAAUCCAUAAUAUAGAGGUGGAUUCUCAAAUCGAAUUAGAAAAUCUAAAGGCUUUAAUUGAAUCUGAGACAGAAAUACCACCUGCCGAUCAAAUUCUUUCUUACCAUGGUCAAGAACUAACAGAUCCAAAAAAAACUCUUGAACAAUAUGGCGUGAUUGAAAAUGAUAUGUUAUUACUUACAAAAAAACCUUCUCAAAUUAUACCUAGAGACGGAGCACCAGAAAUAGAACUAAUGCGGCAGCAAAUAUUGAAUGAGCCUCAAAUUUCAGGACGAUUGCUUCAGAAUCAACCUGAAUUAUUUAAUGCGGCGUUUAAUGGUCCAGCUCAAUUUGCCGCAUUGUUUCGUCAAAUGGACCAACGUAGUAGGCAACAGAUCAAUAUCCACAAUGCUGAUCCUCUAAAUAUCGAAGGCCAACGAAGGAUCGAGGAAGAAAUAAGAAUGCAAAAUGUUGAGAAAAAUUGGCAAACUGCUUUAGAAAGAAUUCCACAAUUUUUCGCUCGAGUAGUAAUGUUAUACAUUGACAUUGAAGUCAACGGACAUCCGAUCAAAGCUUUUGUAGAUUCUGGAGCUCAAAGUACUAUUAUGAGUCCUCAAUGUGCGGAAAAAUGCGGACUUAUGAGGCUGAUUGAUCAACGAUAUGAAGGACUUGCUAUAGGAGCCGGAACUGCCAAAAUUGUGGGUCGCGUCCAUUACAUCGAAGCUGAAAUCCACGCUGGAAAUUUAUUGUUGGAGUGCUCAUUUUUGAUUAUGGAGGGCAGCGAAGACGUAUUAUUCGGACUGGACAUGUUAAUGUGCCACCAGGCAUGUAUUGAUCUGAAGAGGAAAGCAUUAAUCAUCAACGAUGUGGCAAUUCCUUUUCUGGCUGAACAUGAAUUGCCGGAAAGAGCACGGAUGAGGGUACAGGAUAAUAAUUUACAAAAUGCGAAUAGCAACGCGACUUCAACAAAUACGCAGGCUGAAUCUUCGGCCACUUCAAGUACAACCGUUAUUCCACCUGUCUCUUCGAACUCUUCACCACCACCAGCAUCGCAAUCCCAAUAUCCCGAAGAACAUAUUAUGACUCUGACUUCUAUGGGAAUCCCAAGGGACGAAGCCAUCAGAUUAUUAGAUGCUACAAAUGGAAAUGUUGACGCCGCUGCGAGCUUAUUCUUCUCUUUAAGUACUUAG